AAUAAAGGGCUUGACGUAGAAGAAAACUUUUCAGGGAAAUGACAGCGCUUUCUUUUUUGCUACAGCUACUUGCAGCAAAAGGGCAAGAAAACUGAAAUUGUGCAUCCAACCAAAAUUGCAAACAGUGAAUGAUUUCUCAGAGACCACAGCUGCCAACACCAGGAACUCUUGCUGCCCUAGGAGAGCAGCACGCCUCCAGUGAACAGACAUCGACACACAAGGAGGGUGAGGUUGGUUUUACAGGGAAAAAUGGCACAGGUCGGGUCACGCAGCCUGUGGCCCCGAGUGACUUUCUACACCUUCCAGUUCUGAAUGGUACAGGAUUUAUCCUGGAGCAAAACUGCUGCCAGCAAGAAUUCUGCCUGCCCUGGAAAGAACAAGCACCUCCUCCAAACAGACAUCAGGAACCGUGGAGGGUGACCUAUGUUUCACAGAGAAAAGGGCCAGCGAUAGAGUCCACGAGCCAGGAGCCAUGAAAGAAGGGCCACCCCCUGAAAUUACCCAAUCACUACAACAAAAAUUUACUCAACAGUAUCAAUUCCCAUGGAAGUGAUGAACUGGGUCCAUUGCCUCUUGCUGGUGAGCUCUCAGUAUAACAUGAGUGGAUUCCCACAUGGUGUUAGCAUUACAUAUGCGCUGGGCUUGCUCCCAUCCGAGAUAUUUGGUACCAGGGUGUGGGUAGAAGUGCCCUGAAGUGCAGUUUUAAGCCCUUAAAAUGCUGAAAAAGACAGAGCUUCCUUCAACUGAACCCCUUAAAAUGAGGAAAUGGGGCAGUUGCCUCCACUUAGACUAAUACAAUGGCAAAUAAAUGGCUUCUCCCCUUUAAUUUAACCCCUUAAAAUACUGGGCAAAAAGGGGUGUUCCUCAGUUUAAAUCUCUCCAGUGACAGAAAAAGGGGGAUUUUUCCAUCAAUUCAAACCCUUAAAAAGGAGUGAAAGUUGGGCUUCCCUCUCAAUUUAAGCCUUAGGAUGAUGAAAAGGGGGGAGUUACUCUUAAUUUAAACCCAUAAAAAAUCAUCAUGGAAGUUUUCCCCUUCCAUUUAAACUGCAAAUUAAUGAAAGAUGGGGAUUCCCUAUCAAUCAAUACCCCAACAACAUGGAAAAGGCAGGGUUUCCUUUGAUUGAGACCACUAAAAUUGCAGGGGAAGUGGCUUCCUCUUCAAUUUGAAUGCAAACAAUUGUGGAAAAAGAAGCUUUUCCCCUCAAUUUAAACCCCUUUCCUCCUAAUAACCCCUCUCUUUUCUGGGGCCACUGGAGAGGAACUGAUAAAAGGGGAAAGCUGAAACGGCGCCGGGACCCUGCAUGCUGCCUAACCUGCUCAGGUGCUGCCCCUUGGCAAGAGGGCUCCUCCCUCGGCAUUUUCUCGAAGGGAUGCUCCGUGCCCAGGUGCUCUGCAGCCUGCUCCGCAGCUCCUGCUGGAUGCUCCAGCCGUCAUUCCUGGAGGGACGCUAGGGAUGUCUCCGUUGCCUGCUCUGGACUAACAGUUCCCUGUGCAGGUGUGCCCGGGUUUAUCCUCUGAAAUCAGCCUCUGGCAGGGGUUGCCACCUCCUCAUCCUCAUUGGUCACACCUGGAGCUGCUACACCUUCUCUCAGGAAAUGCUCCCUAGUAUUUACAUCUUUCAAGGUUGUUGAAAGAGAAGUUGAACACCCUGCUACCUUUUCAUGCCCUUACAUAGUGAAGCAAUCUAAUAUUUUACAAUAAAAUUUACUGGCUUCUGGUUUAUGAACCAUAGAUAGUAUUUGUUAUGAUUUUAUGCUGCUAUAUACAGGUCGGUGUCCUGAGGGUAGUUCCAGCUCUCCCUUGACCCGCUCCCCUGUGCUGUGUAGCUGUGCAAGGCUGCUGAUGCAUUUGUCUUGAAGAAAAAGAGUGACAAUCGUGUGCUGAAACGUAGUACCGAUUCCCUUUGCUGUUCAAUAUUUUACACUGUUUAUUUUGAACAACGGCUUUCUGAUUGUUUCUAAAUCAAACUAUAUGUAUUUUAGGCUUUAAUUCUUUUUUAAUGGUGCCUUAUCUCAGGGGAGCUCUGCAGGACUGGGAUGGAGGUGUUCUGAAGAGGGAGCCUCUUAAUUAAAAAGUUAUUCAAGAAGAUCUUGGAGCAUGGCAGCCAGAAAUGCCUGAAGACUAUACAGAAACCACAAGCACCUGUUAAAGGCACAAGUAUAUGAAUAUUUUCAUUUUAGAAUAAAAAUGGCUGGUUAACAAACACCCUGAAGAGUCGGCCACCCACAUUCUUCCUCCAAAGAAUCGCAGAUUCUUAGCUCCUGGGCUCUGAGAUGGAAUUACGGUAUGAGGAGGUUUGGAAGAGCUGAAAAGUCACCAUAGCAACCUCCUGGCAAAAAUCUUCACUCAUCCAAUGUAAAGCAAAAUUUAUUUUUAUCUGAAUGGCCUUAGUGAGCCUGAAUGUGGUCUGUGUUGGCUCUCUGCUUCAUUUCAUUGUACUCCUCAGACAGAGUCUUUUCCUGCUCUAAGUCCUAAAGGUCAUUUUCUAAAUCUUCUCAUGAAAGUUUUGACUAGAAAUGGAUGCCGGAUACUGGCUAUUCGAUCAGGGUCUGCCUCUGAGUUAAAGAUGAGAUGCCCUCUCCUGGCAUUCCAGACCCUUUGCAGUCAUGUCCAGUGAAGCUGAUGAACAACUUGUGCUGAAUACUUUCAAACACAAAGGAAACUGAAAAAUGUGGAAACAGAUAAAAGAAGACAAAGGAAAUUAAAAUGAUUGAAAAGUCCUGUGCAGUCCCUGUUCAGAAGAAAGGCUCUGCAUGCAAGAGUUUAUGCAAAUUAUAGAAGCUAUUCAGCAUGGAUUUGGUGAGACGCAGCACUUGCCGAGGAAUUUCCAUGGAUGUGACCUGCCCAAAAUAGGAGACUGAGACUUGCUGGUUGAGUCUGGAGGAUGACAGGAGGGUGCUCAGCUGUGGCUACUUGACUGUGAGAGGGUCUGAGCAGGUGCACAGGGGGAAGGCAAAGCAGGAGAAGAGCUCCUGAGAUAUAAAGCAGUUUGGCUAAGGGGUGCUCUCAGUUUUUUGAGGAAAAACUUGAAGUCUGGGGUGUUUAAAUAGGGGUAACCAAGAGGCGGAGACAGAUUUGUGAGCAAUAAAGUGACGAUGGAUGGGUAGGUUAUGUAGGAAAGCCGAAGGGAGGGAUGCUUCUAUUCCAUUUGGAGCCCAGAGUGCCUGGAGGAGCAAGGUGCGGUGUUCAGCAGCCUUGGGAAGUUCGGGGUUUCUCCGGUUUCUCUUACAUCCUUCUCAAAUCUUGUAAGGGAAGUGAACAAACAGGAGCUGCUGUCAGAACUUUUAAGAUCGUACUCCUGCAGGAGUAUCCUCCAGGGCCAAUUUUGUCCCUCUGGAGCUAACUCACAAAAAUCAGAAGGUGAUCUCUGGCCAACAAAAAUGACAGGCACACAGGGGUGUCCUUCUCAGGGGUCACUCUCUCUGAGAUCUCAUUAAAUCUUUCUCAGCAGCAAGCGAUAAUUGGAAAUGACUAAUGAAUAUCUUGCAGGAGGGAAGAAAGAUCUUUACACUACUGUAUUACGUACUACAAAUAGGGGCUAGCUGUUGUGGGGAAUUUUCAACUGGUGUUCUUUAGUGCAGUCACUUUUGAAAGAAACAAGGGGAGCUCUUCAGUUGUUUCUGUCUAAUUUGUGUUUUACAGUGCUGCAUAGUCUGGACUUUGCUCUGGACAAAACCUGGACUAGCCUGUGACGUACCGCAGGCUGGGAGAGUAAUGAUUUGUUUCUUAAAUAUUAUUGCAAAAGUCAACAAAUCAUUUCUGGAGUAAUAAAAGAGAAGGUUGGAAGCAGAGAUUAGUUAUUGCAGCAGAUUUUCCAGGACCUAAUAAAUGUGGUUUCAGAACAGAAUAACUUGCUCUUCAUUUCCUGGCCCACUGAAAAUAUUGUAACAUCCCAUCUGAUUUCCUCUUCAUAUUUCCUUCACCGGUCUUCUGGCAUCUGACAGAAGAAACAGUGUGGAGCAAAAUAUCUACUUGAGCUGUGCUACACAGGGAGAACAUGCCUAGGAAAUGAAGGGGAUCCUGCAUGGGCCUGAACAGCACUCUACAGAUAGGGUCUGGAUGGCUGCUGCUCGUCUUUUUCUCCUGACAGUUGGAUUCUUUAAUGUUCACGUGAACUUCUCUCUUCUCUACAAAGUGGAGACAGCACCUGAUUGCUAUGAUGCAAGGAGGCUUCUUGAACACUGGUUUAAUAUCGUAUUUGCUGGAGAAGGAUUUGUUGUGGCAGGCUUUAAAGUCAGGUAAGGUUCUGGCUGUGUGUAGUGUCACCUUAACCCUAUGUGCUUUGAGCAGUCAAGUUCCAGAUACCCAUUUCCCAGCUGACCGGUCUGUUUGGGGGUCAUAGAGGGGAACAAAGCUCACAGAUCCCGGGGACUGGCUAGGAUCACACUGGCUCUUGUGUGACAGCAUCUAAUGAAAGGAUGUUAUAGUUUGAAAACGCUGCUAGAAACAAUGGUUCCUUGCACCAGAUUCCCCGGUUUUGUUCCUUUUAGCCUAAUCCACCUGUAUUCACAUCCAAUACCCCAGUGGAAAGGGAUAUUUUAGUAAUUUGUAAACAUGUCACGUGUGCAGAUGCAGAAUUUUGUCAUUUUAUGUCUAUUUUGGCUUCCUACUUUCUUCUCUAACUUCCACGGGUACUGCUUGUUUUAUAUAUGACAAUACAGUAACACGCUACACUGUUCACAUGGGAUGAAUCUGAUCCAUAGAACAUUACGGGAAGGUUCUUCCCAUUUUGAAAGAAACAUUUUUUGUUGGCAUGCAUAUCAAUUAUAGCACUUUGUCCUGGUGACUUCUGUAAAUAUACUUAUGCUGAAUUCAAGAUGACUUCCGAGCUGUAAAGUCUGGCUUAUUUUGGUCACAAGGUUUUUUUCUUAGGUGGUAGCAGAAUCGGGCAUGUUACAGUUACAUGCUGCCGUGAAAUAAUUGUUCUAUUCUCUUUUGUUUCCAGGGAUAAUUAUCCACACCACGGUGCCUAUAAGAUGACUCACGUAUGGAAUUAGUUAUUUUCUGAUACCUCUUAUAAACAGCUAUAUUUUUCUUACCUCUGCAUAGAGAAUAUAGUAGUUGAAGGGUCUAAAUGUUGAUGCUAUUGUGUUUUGUUGAAAUUAUUUAAUUAUCCUGAUGAACAGUACUGUGAAACAAAGGCUCCUCCCAGGUGUCAGGUCCCAGUAACAUUUAAAGCAACAGGCUCUGUUUUAAAGAGCACACUGAGUUUCUGCUAAUUGCUUUCCUUAAAAAACCAUUUGUGCCCAUUGAUGCUAACCAGUUUCUAACUUUCUGUGUCCUUCCAUGCGAACUGAAGGGGAAGGUAAAGCAGAUAUCACAAAGCUAUGUCUGUAAGGCCACUGUAAAGGCCACAUCACUGGAAAUACAAGAAGUCCUGAGUCCCAAGAUCAAAGAGUUGUUGAAUAACACAAAGAGGGACCAUUUUCCAUGUAUGUGAAACCUGAAGAUGUGGCUGUGAAGUCGAUAGCACUAGUGGGUUGUCAAGAAAGCUUUUUCCUCAUGAGGUACAAGGGGAAUUAUUCCUGGCCUGUAACAAGUCCAGCCUCCAAGACAGAGGUCAGCUGCAGGAAAAACCUUCUGCAGUCUGCUCAGAGGAGCUGUGAAAUUAGUAUUGAACUUGAGCAAGCUUUUUGGAAGAAACCGAAUGUGGCUAAAUGCAAAUUACUGGAAAAACUUCCAAAUAAUAUUCUAGACCUCCAAGAUAUCAAGCUAACAGAAGAGAAUGCUCAAGAUGUUGUACAGCAUAUUUUAUACCUCUUGCCUGAUGCAACACUGCAUGCAGAAGAGCUAGAAAUCAUUGCAAGUAAAAUUUCUGAUAUUGUAGCGUUUGCAGACCUGAGCGUGACACUUGCAGAGAGUGUAUUGUCUAUACUAGACUAUAUUCUGCUGCAAGAAAUAGAAGAUGAGAACUUUGGAAAAAUAACCAAUAGUAUCCUGAAGAUGACUGAGGAGAUGGGCUAUAAGGUUACCUACACAGAGAGAAAUAUGUCAGUGAUAACCACGUCCUUGGCCCUCCUGGUGCUGUGUCCAGAUCCCAGCCUGUUUAGAGGACUGGCCUUUGGCAUUGCCUCCUACAACAGAAGUGUGGAUCUCAAGAUCAGUGUACAAGAAAACCCUUUCAGAAAGGCUUUGGCCUCUGUGUUUUUGCCAAAAUCCCUGAAGAACUUCCUAGGCAUCAAGUACUCUGACCCAGACAAACGUUCAAAGAUCCAGUUCAAGUUUUUUGGCACUACUUCAUUUUUUCUGGAUGACAGUUUAACGCUGGAGAGGUUGAACACUUACGUUGUGAGUGCCAGCAUUGAAAAUGCAUCAAUUCAGAACCUUAACGAGCCUGUGACUGUCACUCUCCACCACAUAGACCAGAACAGGAUGGAUUGGGUGGUUGGAAUACAUCGGGAUGUGAAAUGGAAUAUACAGAUAUGAAUUAUACAAUCUGUUUCUGUAACCAUCUUACCCAUUUUGGAGUCCUACUGUUCAGCAUAUGUACACUGCUUUGGUAACCUGGGAUAGAUAAAUCUUACAUAGGAUGACAGCUAAAGCAUGGUGUUCAAAAGGAGCAUUUAUUUUCUGUGAAGCUGGAACCUGAAAAACUAGCCAGAAUUACUCAAAUUGCUUUUCACGCCAUAUGGCAAAACUCUAAAAUAAUGCCUUAGAGUACUUUACAGUUUGGAAUAACUAUGCCAUUCUCUUCCUUUAGAACUAGAUUUGAACAACAGAAAGCUAUCAGAAAUAGCUGAAAUUCUGCUAUCGUAAACAAAUUGCAGAUGUAAUUUGCUAUCUGUCCUUCAGAUUUUCAUUGGGUCUAGACAUUGUUAUUUUGUGUAUUUUUUGAAAAUAGUGGUUUUCACCUCCUAUUGAUCCACUAAAACAGUAUUUUAGGCUCCAUAAAGAGAGAAGCUGGGCAACUACCUAAAACCUCCAGUAAUAUAAGGACUGAGGAAAGAACUGUAAGAAAUGAUGAAACUUCCUGCUGCCACAUUCCCCCAGGGAGGCAGAAAAAGGGGAAAAAAGCAGGCUCUCAGUGGAAAGAGAAAAUCAAGUAGAAUUUCAUGCUGCUUUGAGCAGGGUUAGACAUGUGUACUGUGGAGAGAGAGAGAGAAGGGAAAAAUGAGUCUGUGUUUCCAGAUAGUGGGGGGGUUCUAAAGCGUGAAGCAUCAGAAUGGGCAUUCAGGUCUGAAUACAUGAACUCUUUGGGAUGAACAGCAUAUGAAGUACUGGGAAUAAAGAGAAUUUUAAGCUUU